GGACAUUAUGAAGAUCCCUUUAUAACGGGAGUUUUCCAAAGUUAAAUAUUCAAACAUAGAACAGCUUUUCCUCAACUGAGCGCUCUAACUCACCUUCCCUUCCCACUCUCUCUCUCCAGCAAUUAUGGGAAAAUGCAACACAAUCCGGCACAUUGUGAGCAUCAGGCAAAUGCUCCGGGCAUGGCGGAGGAAGGCGACAUUACCGGCUUCGUCUCACCGUUGGCGGCCGGAUGUGCCGGCUGGACACGUGGCCAUCUACGUAGGUAGCAGCUGCAGGAGGUUCAUCGUGCGCGCGACGCACCUGAACCACCCGAUUUUCAGGCGGCUUCUGAGCCAGGUCGAGGAAGAGUACGGCUUCUCCAACAACCACGGACCUCUGGCGAUCCCGUGCGACGAGUUGCUGUUCGAGGAGAUCCUCCGGCUCGUCUCCCGAGGCGAAUCGGCUAACUCGGACUUCCAGAGAUGCUGCCACGUCGGCAUGACCAGGAAUGAAAACCACGAUUAUUUCGGCGAGUCUCGGCCGUUGCUGUAUGGAUUCACGUCCUGACGAGUAUUUACACGAGUUUGAAUCGGCUAACUGCUACUCUUGACGACUUUUUAGUCUUUAACAGUUUGUCAUUAUGUCCUUAUUUUCCACAUCUGUAGUCUUUUUAACUUAUGUUGUUCGCCGAGGAGAUGGCUGCGGAGGGUGGUUGUAAGAUGCAGCUCCGCCGUGUUCAUCCUUAGUUGAUUCAGGAUAAAGGCGUAUUUAUUAGCAAACGUCUUUUAGGGGUGGUAGAACUUAUUCGGCAAUGGCUAAUUUUAUGCGGAAUUGUAUGUUUUGACUCGAGAAAAAGGAAAAAACCGGACUCUUCUGGUCA